AUGACCACCGAAAUAUCAAUGGAUUCAAAAUUGUCUCCAACGCCAUCCGCUGGAUACACCCUCCGCACCCACCGCCCGGGCGACAUAGGCUGGAUCAUCCACCGUCACGCAACCUACUACGACAAGGCACAUGAUUGGGGUCUGAAGAUGGAAGGCCUCGCCGCCAAAGUCGGGGCCGACUUCCUCGAAAACUACGACGAGUCCACAGACCGAUGUUGGAUCGCAGAGCGCAACGACGAAUUUCUCGGCAGUAUCAUCCUGGUCAAAGACAGAGACCAGGUCAACGCAGCCAAGUUGCGCUUGUUCCUUGUUGAGCCCAGUGCGCGGGGGCUAGGGCUCGGGCAGGCCUUGGUACAACAGUGUAAGCGGUUCGCGCGGGAGUGUGGAUAUGCGAAGAUUCACCUCUGGACACAGGGUGUGCUGCUUCCUGCGCGUCGGCUGUACACAAAGGAGGGAUUCCAGUUGGUUAGUUCGGAGGAGAAUGAGGUCUUUGGGGUGAAGCUCAUGGGGGAGUGUUGGGAGUUGGUCUUCUGA